AGUCAGUUCAUAUUGAUUAAUUAAGACAUAAAAUUACUGCGAAAUUAUUGUACAUACAACAGUAUUUAAACUGAACUAAUGUCAACUCUCAAAAAUAGCAUAAGUCAUUGAAAUUUUACUCACUUCAACAAGUUAGUGUGUGCACUUGAAUUAACUCACUCAUAAAUCUUGGUCAAAUCAGUGAAUUAUGAAUGACAUCAAAGUCUCACAAUCAUUAUCAGUUAUUCAAGCUACAACGACAAAUAAAAUGAAGUGGAUUAGUAAAAUUGCUUAUGGAACAGGUCAAAUGCUUAAAGAUCUUGUUUUGGGAUUUAUCUGUAUAUUCUACAUCAUAUUCUAUGAAGGUUGUAUCAGUUUGAGUAGUUCACAAGUUGGAGCAUUAUUACUGUGUGGUCAGAUUGCCAAUGGAUUAGCCACACCAUUGAUUGGUUAUUUAUCAGAUCGUCUACUCGGUCUAACUGAAAAACCGGCAACUGUUCACCAGUCAAUAACGUGUGAAGAUGGAAGUGUAAAGAAGGAUAAGAGGUUGUUCAAUCGAAUGAAACGACAGUUGAGACUUGGACAGAGAAAGUCAUGGCAUUUAGGUGGAUGUUUAUUGAUGCUUGUUGCCUUUCCGUUGAUGUUCGGACAACCGGAAUAUUUUGUUGGUCUUCCAAUUGUGGUGAAGUUAUUAAUCAAUGGUAUGUUUAUGAUUUGUGUUCAGGUUGGUUGUGCAGCUGUACAAAUUCCUCAUUUAUCAAUUAUCAAUGAUUUGACAGACCAACAUGAUGAACGAGAAUUGCUUGCAUCCUUGAGAUAUUUAUUCCAUGGAAUCGGACAGUUGGCUACAUUGCUUAUAACGUAUUUAUUUUUUGAAUCAGAAAAAUCCAGUUUGUUACUUUUGAAAUCAGUAAAUGAGACUGACAACAAUGUGAACAACAGUCAACUGUUCACAAAAUCAUUAAUAACAACUGACAUUAUUGUUGGAAGUGAACGAGCAACAUUGUUCAAAGAUUCGAUAAAUAACCAGUCAACGAAUGUUGGGAAACAGUUAGUCGUACAUUCAGAAUACAAUAUAACAAUUCAAGAUUUGCCCAUAUUUCGAAAUGUUGCAUUGAUUGUCGUUGGCAUUGGAGUAUUAUUCACAAUAAUCUUCCAUUGUGGUGUUCGUGAAGGUAAACCGAAAGCACACCAAUCACUCGCAAUGCAAUCUCAUGAAAUUCAAGAUGCCACAGAUGAAUUCUCACAAGUGAAUGGAACAAGCAACAAUAACGGAGUGAUUAAUGGUAAUUCUGUUGUGGUUUCACAGCUCAAAUCCAAACGAAAACGGACCUACAGCCUUUCAUCUACACUUCCCUGGUAUGCUUGGUUUACACAACCAAGAUUUUGGCUGAGCUGUUCUACAUUCAGUAUAAUGCGUCUUAGUGUAACUGUUUCUGUGGUUUACAGUGGUCCAUUUUUGUUGAAUUCAUUGAAAUUGAAUAAAAGUUCAAUGGUUUCUGUCACCUUAGUUACCACAAUUUCUUGUUUGAUUACAUCAGUUGGUGUACAAAGGAUAAAUAAAUUACUCGGGAAUUAUAUUGGCUCAGUCGUCGGUGUUCUAAUUGUCCUUGUAUUUUGUACAAUCGCUUACUCUUUAAAACCAGCCGAUGAAAGCCUCGUAGCACUAUAUUUUGCUGCAGCUAUUCUUGGCAUUGGAAACACAAUCAAUAAUGUUCGAGCAUUGGUCGUGAUCGCAACAUUGAUCGGUGUAAAACAAGUACACACAGCAGCAUUUGUUCAUGGGAUCGCAUCAUUGUUUGACAAAAUCCUGACUGGUGUCUUCAUUCAAUGCAUACAACUCUGUGUACCACAGUUAACUUAUAGACAUAUACAGGUGUAUAUUGUAGGUAGUUUGGCAGUAUUCGGUGGUAUUCUAGUGACAAUUGAUAAUUUCAUUUAUUCAGAGACUUUAGAAAGUACAGAUGCACCAUGUCUUUCAUGUUUUUGUCGAAGAACAACUUCAUCGUCGCCUCCGUCACCAACAAAAAUUCAGAGUGACAAGGUAAUCAAUUCUAAUAUCCAGACCUCCCAUCAUGGUGUUAGCAAUGAAAAAGAAAAUAACGAUAACUGUAGAUACUAAUCAA